AAUAGAAAAUAGGACUGCUGAUGUAUUAUUAAACGGUUUUGUCUUAAAGAAUGUGAUAAAUGAUUGUAUAGAUUCAUAUAUAUUGUGUGUGUAUGUAUUUCAAGAAAAGGGUAAUGAAUUAUUGCUGUGGAAUUUGAAGUAAUGGAUGCAGAUUCUAAAAAGGGGUCAAUGAGGACUAAUGAGAAGCAGAAUUGGUGGAUUUCUCCAACCAAUGUAGCUUAUCAUUUUGGUACCAGUGGAACUGCCGUUGCCGCUGCCACAGCCAUAACUCAUCCUCUAGAUGUUCUUAAAGUUAGGCUUCAAAUGCAACUAGUUGGCCAGAGGGGUCCUCUAACAGGAAUGGGUCAAGCUUUUGUUCAAGUUCUGCAAAAUGAAGGGGCUAAGUCGUUGUAUCGGGGACUAACUCCUGCACUUAUGAGGUCAGUUCUCUAUGGUGGUCUCCGUUUAGGAUUGUAUGAACCAUCAAAAUAUGUCUGUGAAUUGGCUUUUGAGUCCAACAAUAUCUUGAUGAAGAUUGCAUCUGGAGCAUUCUCUGGUGCCCUUGCCACUGCAUUAACCAACCCUUCUGAAGUGCUAAAGGUGAGACUGCAGAUGAAUCAAAAUUCUAGUACAGGACCAAUUGAAGAAUUGCGGAGAAUAUCUUCAACAGAGGGAAUGACUGCCCUUUGGAAGGGGGUUGGUCCUGCUAUGGCCAGAGCUGCUGCUUUGACUGCAUCGCAGCUAGCCACAUAUGAUGAAUCAAAGCAGGUCUUGACAAGAUGGACUCCUCUUGAAGAAGGAUUUUAUUUGCAUUUAAUCUCAAGCACAAUAGCAGGAAGUAUCAGCACCGUCGUUACUGCACCGAUAGACCUGGUCAAAACCCGUCUAAUGUUGCAACGGGAAUCUAAAGUAGUAGGAACCUAUCAAAAUGGAUUUCAUUGUGCAUACCAGGUUCUGCGAACUGAAGGUCUCAGGGGACUAUACAAAGGGGGGUUCGCCAUCUUCGCGAGACUAGGUCCACAAACAACAAUCACAUUUGUAAUAUGUGAAAAGCUGCGGGAAUUUGCUGGACUGAAGGCAAUCUAAGCAGGAGUACUGUUACGUCUUUAUCGUUCAUUAAUGAGCAAUGACAUACUGGCACCAGCAAAGGUUUAAACCUCAGUGUUCCGGGUCAUAGUUAUUCUGUUAAUCAUUCUUUGAGUAAUGUCAACUACCAGACAUCAUUUAAAGUACUGCAAUUUGGUGUAGGCAUUACACCCUGUUGUCGACGAGACGUCUUCAUUUGGCUGGUGUACUUUCGCAAUGUGCAUGUAUAGCAUUGUUUCUGUGGAAAUAAUUUUUGAUCAGAUACUUGUUCACCACAGAUAAAAGUUAAAAAAUCUCCAUUUUUACAUUUUAUUAUAAAGUUUGCUUGUGCUA